ACACUGGGAGACCUCACUGCGCAGGCGCAUUUUGGUUUCUAAUUUUUUUUUUUUUUUUUAAUCCCCGCACCAAGCGCUUAACCUCAUUGGGGUGGAGGAGAAGGCGGUGGCUGUCCGGUCCGCAGCCGCAACAGUAGUGAAUAAUAGAACUACACAUUCUCCAAGUGCUUCUGAGGCCACUGAAGUUUGAGAGCAGCCCCUGGAGACUACCUUCUGGAAUGGACCGCUGAAUUAUGAAGUAUUUCAGACCCAGUUGUAGAUCAUCACUCCACCACUCUCUCCUUUACUGCCUACUAGUUAUUUAAAUUGGACUUUUAAUAUCCUACCAGCUGCUCUUCAGACACACAUGGUGCAUUGCUGCCAUUCCCGGGAUCGCAUCUUUGAGACACACGCUCUUAGGAGCCUUCAGCAAACAAAGAGGCCACCUCCCGGUACGGCUACCGGGAGGGAGUCGUCCUGACUGCCCUCUAGCCUUGGCCAGAUCUGGAUUUGAAUCCUACCAUGGAACCUCGAAUGGAGUCCUGUCUGGCCCAGGUGCUGCAGAAGGAUGUGGGGAAGCGGCUGCAGGUUGGCCAGGAACUCAUAGACUAUUUCUCAGACAAACAGAAGUCUGCUGACCUUGAGCAUGACCAGACCAUGUUAGAUAAGCUUGUGGACGGACUCGCUACCUCUUGGGUGAACUCUAGCAAUUACAAGGUGGUUCUCUUGGGCAUGGACAUCCUGUCGGCGCUGGUGACUAGGCUGCAGGACCGGUUCAAGGCGCAAAUCGGCACAGUGUUGCCAAGUCUAAUAGACAGACUGGGAGAUGCUAAAGACUCCGUGAGGGAGCAAGACCAAACCCUGCUGCUAAAGAUCAUGGAUCAAGCUGCUAAUCCCCAGUAUGUAUGGGACAGAAUGCUCGGAGGCUUCAAACACAAGAACUUCCGCACAAGAGAGGGCAUCUGCCUCUGCCUUAUUGCAACCCUCAAUGCCUCUGGGGCCCAGACUCUAACACUAAGCAAGAUCGUGCCACAUAUAUGUAACCUACUGGGAGAUCCCAACAGCCAGGUUCGAGACGCGGCAAUCAACAGUCUGGUGGAGAUUUAUAGACAUGUAGGCGAACGCGUGAGGGCAGACCUCAGCAAGAAGGGACUCCCACAGUCCCGGUUGAACGUCAUUUUUACAAAAUUUGAUGAAGUCCAAAAGUCUGGAAAUAUGAUACAGUCUGCAAAUGAAAAAAAUUUUGAUGAUGAAGAUUCUGUGGAUGGCAACAGGCCUUCUUCUGCCAGCUCCUCGUCAUCCAAGGCUCCAUCAAGUUCCCGGAGGAAUGUUAGCCUGGGGACCACCCGUAGGCUCAUGUCAUCCAGUCUUGGAUCUAAGUCUUCAGCUGCAAAAGAAGGUGCCGGUGCUGUGGAUGAAGAGGAUUUUAUUAAGGCCUUUGAUGACGUACCUGUAGUGCAGAUUUACUCCAGCAGAGACCUUGAGGAAUCCAUAAACAAAAUUAGAGAAAUUCUAUCAGAUGACAAGCAUGACUGGGAGCAGAGAGUAAACGCUCUAAGAAAGAUCAGGUCGUUACUCUUGGCUGGCGCUGCUGAGUACGACAACUUCUUUCAACACUUGCGUCUUCUGGACGGAGCCUUUAAGCUCUCUGCUAAGGACCUGCGGUCUCAGGUAGUGCGGGAAGCUUGUAUCACACUGGGGCACCUGUCAUCAGUUCUGGGAAAUAAGUUUGAUCAUGGAGCUGAAGCCAUCAUGCCAACUAUCUUUAAUUUAAUCCCAAACAGUGCCAAAAUUAUGGCUACUUCUGGUGUUGUAGCUGUCAGGCUAAUCAUUCGGCACACUCACAUCCCUCGGCUGAUCCCUGUCAUAACCAGCAACUGUACCUCUAAGUCUGUCGCGGUCAGAAGGCGCUGUUUUGAAUUUUUAGAUUUGCUUUUACAAGAAUGGCAGACGCAUUCACUAGAAAGACACAUAUCAGUAUUAGCUGAAACAAUAAAGAAAGGAAUACACGACGCUGAUUCUGAAGCAAGGAUAGAAGCCAGGAAAUGCUACUGGGGUUUCCACAAUCACUUCAGCCGAGAAGCAGAACACCUGUACCACACUUUGGAGUCCUCCUACCAGAAGGCCCUACAGUCCCACUUGAAGAACUCGGACAGCAUCGUGUCUCUACCCCAGUCAGACCGAUCCUCUUCCAGCUCUCAAGAGAGUCUCAACCGGCCGCUUUCAGCCAAAAGAAGUCCCACUGGCAGCACUGCAUCCAGAGGCUCUACAGUUAGUACAAAAUCUGUGUCGACGACAGGCUCUCUCCAACGAUCUCGAAGUGAUAUUGAUGUGAAUGCAGCAGCCAGUGCCAAAUCCAAAGUCUCCUCAUCCUCAGGAUCCACUGCCUUCAGCUCUGCAGCAGCGCUGCCUCCAGGAUCCUACGCAUCCUUAGAGUCCAGACACAUGAGGGAAGACUUGGAGUACAUAGGCCUGGAUGCAGGUCGGAUCCGCACGAGACGGCAGAGCUCCGGGAGCACCACCAAUGUUGCCUCCACACCCUCCGACAGCAGGGGCCGCAGUCGCGCCAAAGUGGUUUCCCAGUCUCAGCGAUCCAGAUCUGCUAACCCUGCUGGUGCUGGCAGCCGGUCAAGUUCCCCUGGGAAGCUUUUGGGAAGUGGAUGUGGAGGACUUACUGGGGGUUCCUCAAGAGGCCCACCGGUAACACCAUCUUCAGAAAAACGAAGCAAGAUCCCCAGGAGUCAGGGAUGUAGCCGAGAAACAAGUCCUAACCGGAUUGGAUUAGCCUCUCGACGUCAUUCCAGGUCCACUAGUGCUCUCUCCACUGCUGAAUCUGGUGGGCAGUCAGAUCGGUUUGGGCUGGGCCAGUCCGGACGGAUCCCCGGUUCUGUGAACGCCAUGCGAGUCUUGAGUACCAGCACCGACCUGGAAGCCGCAGUGGCUGAUGCUCUGCUGUUAGGAGACACCAGGAGCAAGAAGAAGCCUGUGAGAAGGAGGUACGAGCCCUAUGGAAUGUAUUCCGAUGAUGAUGCCAACAGUGAUGCCUCAAGCGUGUGCUCUGAGCGCUCAUAUGGCUCCAGGAAUGGCGGCAUUCCCCAUUAUCUGCGGCAGACUGAAGAUGUAGCAGAGGUUCUCAACCACUGUGCCAGUUCUAACUGGUCAGAACGGAAAGAGGGGCUCCUGGGCCUGCAGAACUUACUGAAGAGCCAAAGAACACUGAGUCGAGUAGAAUUGAAGAGGCUGUGUGAGAUUUUCACACGAAUGUUUGCCGACCCUCACAGCAAGAUUGCUGAUUCAGAAGCAGAAUGUGAGGAUAAAGAAGGAAAUUUGUUUCCAUCAGAAGGCUCUUGUCCAAGAGUUUUCAGUAUGUUUUUGGAGACCCUCGUGGACUUCAUCAUCAUUCAUAAGGAUGACUUGCAAGACUGGCUCUUCGUCCUUCUCACACAACUACUGAAGAAAAUGGGAGCAGACUUACUUGGAUCUGUGCAAGCUAAAGUUCAGAAGGCUCUAGAUGUCACCAGGGAUUCCUUUCCAUUCGACCAACAAUUUAAUAUUUUGAUGAGAUUUAUUGUGGAUCAGACUCAAACUCCAAACCUCAAGGUCAAAGUGGCAAUCCUGAAGUACAUCGAGUCUCUGGCCAGACAGAUGGACCCCACAGAUUUUGUAAAUUCCAGCGAGACAAGGCUUGCUGUUUCUAGGAUCAUAACAUGGACUACAGAACCAAAGAGUUCAGACGUGAGGAAGGCAGCGCAGGUUGUGCUCAUCUCACUGUUUGAACUGAACACUCCUGAAUUUACCAUGUUACUUGGUGCCUUGCCAAAAACAUUCCAGGAUGGUGCCACCAAACUCCUGCAUAACCACCUCAAGAACUCCAGUAAUGCCGGUGUGGGAUCUCCAAGCAAUACAAUUGGCCGGACACCUUCCCGCCACCCCAGCAGCAGGACCAGCCCCCUGACAUCACCCACCAACUGUUCCCAUGGGGGACUAUCUCCAAGUCGGUUGUGGGGUUGGAGUGCCGACGGGCUAUCGAAGCCCCCACCUCCCUUUUCUCAGCCUAACUCCAUUCCCACCGCUCCCUCCCACAAGACUCUCAGGCGUUCUUACUCUCCCAGCAUGCUGGACUAUGAUACAGAGAACCUGAACUCUGAAGAAAUCUACAGCUCUUUGCGUGGAGUUACAGAAGCCAUUGAAAAGUUCAGCUUCCGGAGCCAGGAGGAUCUAAAUGAGCCAAUCAAACGAGAUGGCAAGAAGGAUUGUGAUCUUGUGUCCCGAGAUGGGGGAGCAGCCUCACCUGCCACGGAGGGCCGGGGAGGUAGUGAGGUAGAAGGAGGCAGGAUGGCUUUGGACAACAAGACCUCCCUGCUCAACACGCAGCCUCCACGUGCCUUUCCGGGGCCAAGAGCACGGGAAUACAACCCAUACCCCUACUCCGACACCAUCAAUACCUAUGAUAAGACGGCUCUGAAGGAAGCGGUGUUUGACGAUGACAUGGAGCAGCUCCGAGAUGUACCCAUUGACCACUCGGACCUGGUGGCUGACUUGCUGAAAGAGCUAUCUAACCACAACGAGCGCGUGGAGGAGCGGAAGGGCGCGCUGCUGGAGCUGCUCAAGAUCACCAGGGAGGAUAGCCUGGGCGUGUGGGAGGAGCACUUCAAGACCAUCCUGCUGCUGCUGCUGGAGACACUCGGAGACAAAGACCAUUCCAUUCGAGCUCUGGCACUGAGAGUUUUACGGGAGAUUCUGAGAAACCAGCCAGCAAGAUUCAAAAACUACGCAGAACUGACGAUCAUGAAGACUCUGGAAGCCCACAAAGACUCCCACAAGGAGGUGGUGAGAGCAGCUGAGGAGGCUGCAUCCACGCUAGCCAGCUCAAUCCACCCUGAGCAGUGCAUCAAAGUGCUGUGUCCAAUCAUCCAGACGGCCGACUACCCCAUCAACCUGGCUGCCAUCAAGAUGCAGACAAAGGUGGUAGAGAGGAUCACCAAGGAGUCCCUGCUGCAGCUCCUCGUCGACAUCAUCCCCGGCCUGCUGCAGGGUUACGACAACACCGAGAGCAGUGUACGGAAAGCCAGUGUGUUUUGCUUAGUGGCAAUCUAUUCCGUAAUCGGAGAAGAUCUGAAACCUCACCUCGCACAGCUCACGGGGAGCAAGAUGAAGCUGCUGAACUUAUAUAUAAAGAGGGCCCAGACCACCAACAGCAACAGCAGCUCCUCCUCUGAUGUGUCCACACACAGCUAGUGGCCGUGCCAGUCUGUGCAGAACACACAUUGGUGGUGCCUCUGAAAAGCUCCAGCAGCUGCCCAGUCCAUUCAAGGAGGCCGCACAUAAUUUAUUACAAUCAGUAUUUUGGUCCCUUCCAGCUUUUGUGUAGAAUUUUGCUGGUAUUGAAUGUAAUGGAAGCAAGGCCUGUUGUGCAGUCUCCCUAGAAACAAGAGGACUGAGAAGAAGAGCCAUACUUACACAUGUCUUGCACCGCCUGCUGCCAUCACCAAACCAUGGAGGGCAUGUUCUUAGAAAGCAGAGCUCUAGCCAGGGCUCGGUACACAGUCCAUGCAGACUUGGGGGCGGUUUGGGGUAUUGCUGUGUGUUCUUUAUGCUUAUGUUCUUAGAUGUGGUCAGAUGGGACACGACCCCCUCCUGUUUCCUAUCUGACGCAGAGAAAGGUUGUGUGCGUCUUUAGGGUGUAUCUUAGAGACUCUCAGAGUGGAACUGCAGUCAGGGCAAAGAAAGGACAACGACCUGGAGCUGGCCUCACGACAAACACGAGAGGUUGGCGUCUGCAGAGGAGCCAGCUUCCCUGCCUUGGGAAUAGAAUCAGUAAUGCCACCAAAGUUGUCAUGGCUGCAUUAAAGAAAAGGUGACUGUAAACCGCCAAGAUUGGAA